AUGUUUAAAUUUUUAUUUUGUAUUUUAUUUGUUUUAAUUUUUAUUGAAAUUAAUCAAAUAAACGGGGAAAAGGAGUGUAACUGUUCUGCUACUGAUAAAUGGGAGGUAAUGGUAAAAGGGAGUCGCUUUAAAAGGGGCGCAAAAAUGAGUGUAAAUUGUAGCUGUAUAGGAAAGGGUGAAGAAAGUAGUGAAGAAGAUGAAGGAAAUGAAGGAAGAAUUGAGGGAAGAGGUGAGGGAAGAAUUGAGGGAAGAGGCGAGGGAAGAGUUGAAGGAAGAGGUGAAGGAAGAGUUGAAGGAAGAAGUGUGGGAAGAAGACAAAUACCCAUUGGAACGGAAGGAGGUGGAAGAAGAGAGGAACAAAUGAAGAGGAUGGAAGAAAUAUUUGAAGAAAUAGGAGGAGGAGUACAAAGACGAUCAAGAAGUUUGGAAAGAGGAGAAGGAGUAGAACGAUUGAGAGAAAGAGGAGGAAGUCUAGGAAGAGAUGGAAGAAUAAUCGGAAGAAUCGGAAGAGAAGUUGAAGAUUUUGAGGGAUGGGACUAUGAAGAGAGUUCUAGUCGGCGUAAAGGAAAACAAAAAGUAGGGGAAAGUUCAACAAAAAAUGGAAAAACUAAAAGGGUUUUGUACAUUUGCGACAAUUAUUACUACUCGCACGUACAAUUUAAUGUAAAUAAUUUAAUAUUUAGAAGCUAA